UAUUCUGGCUGGUCAGAGAGCAGCCUGAAACAAAUGAUUGAAAACAUCACAAACGUGUAUGAACUUUCUUGGUAAACAGAUCACCAUGAUGACAUUUGCUGGGAAUUUCCUACCGUCAAGUCACCAUGCACAAAAAAUCUGUGUUUUGCCCAGGGUGCAUUAAGGUCGUGUUCCGUAAGGGACCACUCGGAUAUCUCCUUCAGGACCCGACUGAGGAGGCCAGGGUGAUCAAAGAUAACCCAGCUCUUCAGGACAAGUCGGCACCAAAGAAGGAGGAGCUUGUCAGGCAAAAUGCUCUUGCUGUGGUCCGUCAGAGAGGAGGUGACGCCUCUGACAAAAGAGAAGUUCUUGGUGAAUACAUCCUGCAGUUUGGAAAGUACAAGGGGAAAUCUUUCCGGCGGCUUCUUGAAAAUGACAUGGGUUACACCAUCUACCUGAUAAAGAACCUUCAGCAGGAAGAGGCCAUGGGGGUCUUUACAUCAGAAGGACCCAGCAAGAGCAGUCUGUUAUCCUUUUCUAAUUAUGCCUGCAGUUUUAACGAAAUUCAGUCUCUGCUCAGUUAUGUGUCCAAAAAUCCAGGUGUACCAGCAGCCUCGUCGGAUGUGACCAGCUGGUUGGUUUUGGUGCUCAUGCGAAGAGUACGUGGCAGGAGAUUUGGAACAACAGGGCUGAUGGUUAUGCAUCCUUUAUAUUGUGGGCAACUUGUGUCCCGGGGACACGGAUGUACAAGUGCGAUGCUGAACAUCUCCCCCUCCAAGCUACAGUUGCGGUCUGCUGAACUGAGACGGUCUGCGGGACCAGGAAAAGGUUUUUACACAUCAGGCUCAGCACUGGAGCACAGUUCUGUUGAAUUGUGAUAUGAAAUGCUCUCCAAGUCUGAAUAAAAAGCCUUUCUUAUUUUGUCACUGUUUUGGCCAUGUUCUGGCCUUGUUCCACUAACAAAUGUCUGUGCCGUUGGAAUGGAUGGAAUGAGAUGGAAAGACAGAGAUGGGUGGCAGAAAGGAGAAAAU